GGAACCUUUAAUCUCGUCUGUUCUGUUGCGUGUCGGCGCAGUUAUGGAGCGACACCCACCGCAGCACAGAAAAAAAAGCCUUAUCCAUAGCAGGGAUGUUUCUCUGACCGUGUUGUCUUUAUAUUAUUAACCGAUUGGAGACACGUUUUUAAACGUGUAGAGGACAUUUGAUGACGGCGGCGAGGUGUUAAUCCGGCUUUAGGGAGCGUGUUGUGACGGUGUCCUUUAGGCGCUGCUCCGUUUCUCUAUAAAACAUUAGAUUAUCAGAUCCGUCGCCUUGGAAACGGAGACCUUUAUUUACCGUCUUCUAUCCUGCAUUCAUUGCGGACAUCAUCAUGGGGAAUACGACCUCCUGCUGUGUUUCUUCGAGUCCCAAACUGCGGAGAAACGCCCAUUCUCGCCUGGAACCCUACAGACCGGAAGCAGAGCUGAGCCGCGAGGACACAGGCUGCAACCUGCAGCACAUCAGUGACCGAGAGAACAUCGACGAAUUGAACAUGGAGUACAACCCGUCAGAGCACCCGCGUGCCAGCACCAUCUUCCUUAGCAAGUCUCAGACAGACGUUGCUCCAUCCAGCAAGAAAGUUCGGGAAAAGAGGAAAAGCUUGUAUGUUAACCACCAACACCCAUCUGGUCCGAUGAGACGCAAGUACAGCUCUUGCUCAACUAUCUUCCUGGAUGACAGCACUGUCAGUCAACCCAACCUCAAAUACACCAUCAAAUGUGUUUCUCUUGCCAUCUACUACCACAUAAAGAACAGAGACGUUGAUGGUCGAACGCUGUUAGACAUAUUUGAUGAGAAGCUUCAUCCGCUCUCAAAGUCAGAGGUUCCAGCUGAUUACGAUAAACAUGAUCCGGAGCAGAAGCAGAUCUACCGGUUCGUCAGGACGCUUUUCAGUGCCGCUCAGCUCAUGGCAGAGUGCGCGAUCGUCACACUGGUGUAUUUGGAGAGGUUGUUAACUUAUGCUGAGAUUGAUAUCUGUCCUGCUAACUGGAAGAGGAUUGUACUGGGAGCCAUUUUGUUGGCGUCUAAAGUGUGGGACGAUCAAGCCGUGUGGAACGUGGACUACUGUCAGAUUCUUAAAGAUAUCACUGUAGAGGACAUGAACGAGUUGGAGAGACAGUUUCUGGAGCUUCUGCAGUUUAACAUCAACGUGCCAUCGAGUGUUUAUGCCAAGUACUACUUUGACCUGCGCUCGCUGUCUGAGGCCAACAACCUGAACUUCCCUCUGGAGCCUCUGAGCAGAGACAAGGCCCAGAAACUGGAGGCGAUCUCCAGACUCUGCGAUGACAAGUAUAAAGACUUGAGAAAAGCGGCCAAGAAGCGGUCAGUGAGUACGGACAAUCUGACAGUGGUGCGAUGGUCUCCAGCUAUCAUCUCAUAACAGUGGUCUGGUGACGCUGAGGACCAAUCCAGAGACAGAGAGACAGAGAGUCCACAGAAUGGUCCUCUUUGUCUGACUGCUCCAGACAAAAAAAACCCGGCGGAUUUUACCUUCCACACGUGUCUUUGUUGUUCUGUUGGCUGCUGUAAAUACAGGACACAGGGACCAGACUCGAAAACGUGACAGAGUGAGGAACGAAAGCGAGCAGCAUGCGGGAUGGAGUACGAGGAACUUCUCAUACGACGGGGACUGCAUUCCAGCAUCUCUGUGUGUCUUAUCCGAUUAUACGACUCAGCUUAUUCUUAAUUUUGUUUUUAUUUGAAGGUUUCUUUUUUCUAGGUCCUGCUCUCUGAAGCCCAGGGCCACGAUCUGACCUGAACGUAAUUCAAACAUCAGCCCAAAAUAAGCCACUUCUACAGCUCUUCCAGUCAUGUUGGGAAAGUAAAAAUUUUCAGGGUUUCAAGUCACAGGUGUCAGGAACCUGAUUAUCACAGUUAGUCUCAGCCUCAAAGAAACAAAGCUGCUAAUCUUUACUUGUCCUUGUCGCUAUGGUGACACGAUAAUCUGUGCAUCUUUAAAGCUUUAAAGGUUUAAUUAUGUACCUAAAAUUGUUUUACAUUGAGGUACACUAGAUUCGUGUUAACAAGUAAAAGGUUCAGAAGAUUGCUGUACUCCAGCUUUUGCCAGCUGAGGGAUGAGAGAGUUUUCAUAGAAAAUCAUACACUUUUCUGGCCACGAGCUUCAGAAUCGUGAAGGCGCUGAUUAGUUAUCAACACUUUCACUGUAUAAAAAAAGAAAUAGUUUUUCAUUUUUUUUAAGAAAGCAAGAAGCGUGUGCACAUGAUUGUCGACAGGCUCUGAGGCAGUUCAGUUGAUACUUAAAUGUGUGUGUAGCCCCAUAAGUGCAAAACAAAAUAACAAACCAAUGGAUGAAAGUAAAAUAAAAAGAAUGCAAAAGCAAAUCCAGAAAGUGCAACAGCACCCAACAGCAGGACUAGGGGGAAAAUGCAACGGCAGAUCCAGUAAAUAACCUCAACAGCAGAUCUAGGAGAAGAAGAAACUAGGGGGAAAAAGGCAAAAUCAAGAAAAUGGUGAAACGACAAAUCCAGAGGGAAAAACAACAGCGGAUCCAGAAUGAAAAAAAUACCUCCUGCAGCAGAUCCAGGAAAAUGGCAAAACAUUUAAUCUAAGGGGGAAAAAACAAAACAGCAGGUACAGGAAAAAAAAAAAAAAACAGCAGAUCCAGAAAAGAAAAGAAAAGAAAAACGUCAAAAAAUGUGCUCUACAAAAUGUGAUCCACAAAAAAUACAGAACCUUCAGAAAGCACAGCAAGAAAACCAACUAGAAUUAUUCAGAAAAACAACCAACAAUUUUAGAAAAAGCAAUACAAAAAAUAAGAAAAUGUAAACCAAAACCAUGGCGGCAAAUUCAGAAACCUCAACAAACAGAAAAGAUUACAACAAAUAAAAAAAAAUGUAUGUUAAAUUUAGAAAUCACAUCAUAAACCAAAAUCAUGCCGGUAAAUCCUGACAACUCAACAAUUUAGGCAACAUAAAUGAGAGAGGAAUAAAUAUCUAUAUAAAUAAGCACAAUUUAGAAAACAUAAACAGCAAACUCGACAGCAAAUAUGAACAUUUUUCAAAUUUAAUUUAAGAGCAUUAAUUUAAAAUUAGUUGUCAUUAAUAAGAGUUUGAGCAAUCGGAAAUGAUUCCCGACGAUUCAGAAGAAAGAGUUAAGAAUACAUAACCUCACUUUAAACCCUUUAAUUCUUUUAGUUAAAACUAAAUAAAUAAACUGUCUGAAAUGGUGAAAUUAAUUUUAUUUUAAUUAUUUAAUUAAUUAUUUUAAUUUAUUUGUUUUUUGGGAAGGUCAAUCCAUGGUGAGCAGGCGGUAUUGACUAAUCAUCUCCGCUUUCUAUUUCACCCUGACGUUGAUGUGGAUCUGGUUCUGAAUCUGCUCUUGCAUCUUUUGCUCUUUCACGCCAGCCUACAGAUGAACUCUUCAUUUCACAGUAUCAGCUUCUCAAAUUUUCUUCUCGUUUCUUUUUCUUAAUUCAAACGCCUCAGCUUCACGUAUAUUUAAUUUUAAUACGUUCAUACCUAUAGUUAAUUCAUACGUAUUAACACCGCAAUGCAAACCCGAUGUUUCCUCAAGUUGCUGUGACGAGCAAAAAUCCAGUGAUUGAUUACAGGUUCAAUCUCGGUAAUCAAUUAUAUUAGUUUGUUUUAUAUAUAUAUAUAUAUAUAUAUAUAUAUAUAUAUAUAUAUAUAUAUAUAUAUAUAAUUUUUUCUUUUUUCAGAAAUCUAAUUAAUUAAUUAAUAUUAAUUAAAGACCGCAGCCUGCUCACGCUUUGUAAAAACUCUUCAAAAAUCAUCAAAAGUUUUAAGUUUACAUUCUGCAACAAGAAUAUUUCACUGAAACACAUUUUCGCUAAUCACCACUUGACACGCCGGCAGUAUGUAGGAUCGAACCGUUAUUUAUUUUAAUGUUUAUUUUAUGAUUCAGUAUAAAAAAAAAAAUUGUAAAAAUCUUUGAAAAAAAAUUUUUAAUUAAACUUCACUUAAUAAAAUAAGUAGCAAAUUUGAGUAUCAGGUGAUUACGAGUGGAUUCCUGUUCACGCUGUAAACAUGCUGCUUGUCUUUUACCGAGACACCAGAACGGUUUUGUAUUAAAGCAGAAGCACCACAGAGUUUCAUCCAGGUCCUAUUUUCAGGUGUCCUGGUGUUUUCUCUUAAAGGCCAUAGUCUAAUAAAAACAAGCCACACAGAAGGUAUUAUGUAAGAAGUUGGAAAUGUAGCGUUCUGGUUCUGUCUGUCUUGAGAACCUGAUGAUGAUGAUUUGAUGGCUGAAGAAAUGGACUGAUUUUAAAGAAAUGGACUGAUUUCAGUAAAGAUUAAAAAAAAGAAAAGAAAGGAAAGAUGACUUGCAGAACCUUGGCGUGAACGGUUUUAUGAGCUUGAUAAAUCGACGUCAUUUCAGAUUCAAACACCAAGCAAUACGCAGAUGACAGAGAAAUGGACACUUCUUCUUAAACAGAUGUUUCAUAUCUCCUUGUUUUAAUUCACAAGUGAAGGUUGCAAUAUGAGUUCGUAUUUUUUUUAUUAUUAUUAUUACUAUUAUUUUGAGUGCUGAUGUUCAAUGUUCUAUCCAAUCAGUUUUGAUGUUCUACAGUUUGCCGUGUUGCUUCGCAAGAAGUCAUUUUAUCAUCUCCAAAAAAAGUAGCAAAGCCUUUAACGGAGACGGAAGUUUCUCCGGGGGCCAGGAUAUAGAAAUCUGUGUGAUUUUAAGUGCUUUCUUAAGCUCUACAUGAAACACUGGUGAAACAGACAGAAAUCAAACUUGCAGUGAAAAUGUACUUUUAUUAUUAAUGAAGUAGAAACCUUGAUUCAUCUCAUACACACAGCAGCACAGUGAAAUACUUUUCUUCACAUGUCCUGGCUUAUACAGUUUGGGGUUAGAAGAUUAGAAGAUUUGGUUGCUAAGCAACAUUACAGGGCAAAGAUAUUUUAUUCUGUGAACAGAACAGUGGCUAAAGUCGUUUGUUGGUUUUAUUUUGUUGGAUUAAUACAUAAGCUUCGGAUGAGUCUCAGCCAAUUAGAUUUUAAAAUGGAAGCGAUUUAUUAUAAAUGACGCAUUUUUUUUUUCUUCAAAAAGGUCAGUGUACCAUAAAGAUUUGAAAUCUUCAAAAUCUUUUUUUUUUUUUUUACACUGAUCUGUGUCUAUUUUCACCAAUAUUCGUGUAAUAAUGCUAUUCGUUCUCCAUCUAGAGAUGACAGUCUAGUACUAUGUAUUAUUCUUCUUUUCUUCUUCUACCGACACACACCAGCUCAGCUUUUCAAUGAUUUUCGAAUCAUUACACGAAAAUUCUACCUUUUUUUUUUAAAUACGUAUAUAUAAAUUUUGUACAGUGUACAUACUCUGUUCAGAGAAGAUCAUAGUUUAAAUGUAAUGCCGAGAUAUUUAUAAGCAGUCAGUAUUCAUCUCAUCGUUUAAUCAUCUCGUAGUGAAUGAGUGAUGAUGAGGAUGAGGGAGGAAUUGAGUGAUGAUGAGGAUGAGGGAGGAAUUAAGGCAAUGAUCUUUUUUUUUUUUUUAAAUAAUAGAAAAGAAAAUAUCUUGGGAUGAUAAAGUGACUGAAUUUGAGUGCCACCAUUGCGAAGUGCACGAGUCUGUCGUUUUGCUUUUGUCGAAUUUGUUAUUAUUUCGCCGUCACGCAGAGCUCCACAGUCGUGCUGAAAGUACGAGUGCUCUGCCGGACUUUCUUUCUUUUUUUUUUUUUUUCCUUUUUUUUUUUCUCUCCCUUCCCUUUGUGGACUUUGCAAUAGCAUUGCUUUUGUCACUCCUUUUGUGUCGAAACAGAAAAAGCAAUUCUAGAGAAAUGGUUGAUAUUUAUCUCACUGUUGUUUCUUUUAUUGCUACUAUUGAUUAUAAAUUGUUCUUUUAUGUAAUACAUUUGUCAUCAGUACCAGAAAAAAAGUUGUGUAUUUUCAGAAGUCUUACUUGUGAACUGUAGGCCUUUGUGUGGUGCAUGCUGUUCGGAGCCUGCACUGUCAAUCGGUAAAUUAAAGGAAUUUAUUGAUUUUUAACUUAAAA